UACUUCUACGUUAGUAAACAUGGUAUUUUCGCGACUAAUACAACAUUUCAGCGAAAAAUGGUUUAACAUCCAGAAACAAACAUCAGACAAUGUACAACUCGCCCAAAUUGCACUUUUCCGUGGUGGUAUUAUUUUCAUUACUUCGGUUGUCGUAGUCUGGAUAUCAAUAUUUCUGUAUACAGCAUUUUACUAUGCAUAUAUGCCGAGUAUGUUGCAUAUACGACCAGUACAUUUGGAAUUCGAAUCUUGUGAGGGAGGCAAAGGAAUCUGUAGUUAUCCAUCAGCAAAAGUACAAUUGACCAAGAAACAACAACUACUGAUGAUUGGUCAACCGUACAAAGUGAAUUUACAUCUUGAGUUGCCCGAGUCUCCAGCUAAUAAAGAACUCGGAAUCAUGAAGAUUGAAAGAACAAGUAGGGGGCAGCGAGCAUGUGGCAGUGAAUAUCUCACUCAUUAAUUUUUUGAUACUUUCUUCGCCAUCAAUAAAUGGAUGGUGGGCUUCCAAAUGGUUUUUAGCGCAAUAAAAUUUGAUUUUG